AUGUCUCAAGACGCCGCGUCUCGCCGCGUUCGAUCGCUCGCGAACCACGUGGUGGCGCCAACCUCUGGGGCGAACGCGUUUGGCGUCGCUUCCGCGAACAAGGGAUUCACGAAAUCACCGGAUGACGUCGUCGUCGUCGCGGCGUGUCGAACCCCGAUCACGAGGGCGAAGAAGGGAGGAUUGGCCAAGACGCCGGCGGAUGAUCUCGUCGCGGCGGUGCUCCAGGCGGCGACGCGGCGGGCCAAUAUCGAUCCGAGCGAGGUCGGGGACGUCGUGGUCGGAAGCGUCUUGGGGAGUUCGAGUCAGAGGGCGAACGAGUGUCGUAUCGCGAUGUUCUUGGCGGGGUUCCCGAAGGAGGUGCCAGUGCGGACGACGAAUAGACAGUGCUCGUCCGGAAUACAGGCGUGCGCGGACAUCGCGGCGGGAAUCAAGGCUGGGUACUACGACGUCGGUAUCGGGGCUGGAGUGGAGACGAUGACGUCAAAUCCGAUGAAGUGGGAGGGCGGGUUCAAUCCCCGAGUGGCGUCGUCGAGCGACGCUCAAAACUGUCUCAUACCCAUGGGCGUGACGAGCGAAAACGUUGCGGAAAAGUACGGCAUCUCGCGCGAGACCCAAGACACGAUGGCGGCACGUUCGCACGCGCGAGCUGCCGCUGCGCGCGCGAGUGGUCGUUUCAAGAAUGAAAUCGUUCCGAUUCACACGAAGAACGCGGAAGGCGCGGACAUCAUCGUGUCGGAAGACGACGGCAUUCGUCCAGAGACGACGCUCGCUACGCUGGCUCGGUUACCAGCAGUGUUCAAGAAGGGUGGUAGUACGACUCCUGGAAACGCAUCGCAAGUCUCCGACGGUGCCGCCGCAGUUGUUCUGGCGCGUCGAUCAUACGCCGAGGCACGCGGUCUGCCGAUAUUGGCCACGUGGCGCUCUUUCUCUGCCGUCGGAUGCGAUCCCGCUCUCAUGGGCAUCGGUCCCGCCGUGGCGAUUCCUGCAGCUCUCAAGGCUGCAAACUUGACUGUCGAUGACAUUGACCUGUACGAGUUGAACGAAGCCUUUGCAUCUCAAGCGACGUACUGCAUCGAAAAGUUAGGGCUCGAUCCCGAGCGCGUCAACGUGAACGGCGGCGCCAUCGCGUUGGGACAUCCGCUCGGCGCCACUGGGGCGAGAUGCUUAGCGACGCUUGUUUAUGAAAUGCACCGGCGCGGUGCGAAGACUGGUAUGUUUAGUUGCUGCGUGGGUUCAGGGAUGGGCGUUGCAGCGCUCGUCUCGGUCGAAGACUGA